AUUAAAUGACAUUGGCAGUUUAAAGCUCUCUGGUGGGGAAGGGCUUAAAGGCUGAGUCAAAAGCCAAGAAGUCUCUUUAUUUACGCCUACCUCCCAGCCCCUGGCAAUCUGACUAAUAACAAACUGAGCUAACAAGAAAGACUAGAAAGAGCAGAGAGAACACAGAAGCAGCUUGGAUCUAAAAAUCUGACAAACCAAGUGAUCAAGUCAAGCUCUGCUGAGCAUCUUGUUUGUUUACUGCAUCCAAAUGCUUGCAAACAGUUAACUAUAAGCAGAAAAGUCAGCAUAGCUGUGAAGUAUGCUGUGAAUUUUAAUUGAGGAAAAAGGACAACUGCUUACAGGAUGGUUUAAUGUGCACGCUGCCCACAAGAUUUUUUCAACUGAACACUGUCUUCUGAACAAGGAUUUUAACUUUACAGAGCUGUAGUAUUACCAGAGCUUGCAGCAAAGUGAAACUCUGAAGAAAGUGUGCAUUUUUCACAGGGAAAAAUUACAUCACAUUGAAACAGCUGCUCCAACUGUGCAUUACUGCGCGUUUCACGGAGUGUUAGUGCUGUACAGAAUCUGCUGGGCAAGAUGAAGCUCUGGAUUUUUAUUCUAUAUUCAGCUGUGGUUGCAUCUGAUCCUUUCCACUCACAGCCUUCUUUUACUUCAGUCAGAGGAUCUUGUCAGAGUUUGUGUUCCUGUGAAGAAAAGGAUGACACCAUGAUUAUAAACUGUGAAAAAAGAGGUAUCAGUAUGGUAUCAGAAAUAAAUGUCCCACCAUCCCGGCCUUUCCAUCUUAAUCUCUUAAACAAUGGCCUGACUACGUUACAUGCAAAUGAUUUUGCUGGCCUUGUUAAUGCUAUCUCUCUUCAUCUUGGUUUUAAUAAUAUUGCAGAUAUUGAGCCUGGGGCUUUCAAUGGUCUCAGCCUCCUUAAACAACUUCAUAUCAAUCACAACUCUUUAGAAACACUUAAAGAAGAUACAUUUCAUGGAUUAGAAAAUUUGGAAUUUCUUCAAGCAGACAACAAUUUCAUCAUAGUGAUUGAAGCAAGUGCCUUUAGCAAGCUCAACAGGCUUAAAGUGCUUAUUUUGAAUGAUAAUGCCAUUGAGUAUCUUCCUCCAAACAUUUUUCGUUUUGUGCCAUUGACCCAUUUAGAUCUUCGUGGAAACCAGUUACAGACACUGCCCUAUGUUGGCUUUUUGGAACACAUCGGUAGAAUACUAGACCUUCAGCUGGAAGACAAUAAAUGGGCCUGUAACUGUGAUUUGCUGCAGCUGAAGAUAUGGCUAGAAAACAUGCCUCCUCAGUCAAUAAUAGGUGACGUUGUAUGCAACAGUCCUCCAGUUAUCAAAGGCAGCAUCUUAAGCCGUUUGAAAAAAGAAUCACUUUGUCCCACUCAUCCUGUCAAUGAACUUGAAGAUCCUUCAGGGUCACUGCCCUUGGUAGUAACCACCUCUACCAGUGACAGUCACCUAUCUACUAAGGUGAUUCCUAUCCUGAAAGCUCCUACUAAAGAACCAAAUUUAGUGCUUCAUACUUCAAAGCCUACUACUCAGUUUCCAGGAAUCUAUUGUCCUGUUCCCUGUCACUGCACCAGCCAUAUGCUCUCAGGAGUUCUCAUGCACUGUCAGGAGCGAAAUAUUGAAAGCUUGUCUGAUUUAGGACCCCCUCCUCCAAAUCCCAAAAAGCUUAUUCUAGCUGGAAACAUUAUUCAGACAUUACUGAAAUCAGAUCUUGUAGACUAUGCCAGCCUCGAAAUGCUUCACCUGGGGAACAAUCGCAUUGAAAUCCUUGAGGAAGGAUCCUUUAUGAAUCUGACUAGACUGCAAAAAUUGUAUCUCAAUGGCAAUCAUCUUACAAAGCUAAGUCAGAAUCUCUUCCUUGGCCUUCAGCACCUUGAAUACUUGUACCUUGAAUAUAAUGCCAUCAAAGAAGUUUUGCCAGGAACAUUUAAUGUAAUGCCAAAACUUAAGGUCCUCUACUUAAAUAACAACCUUCUUCAGACUUUGCCAUCCCAUAUCUUUUCAGGUGUUCCACUCACCAGAUUAAAUCUGAAAACAAACCAAUUUGCUCAUUUACCUGUGAGCAAUGUCUUGGAUGAACUGAAUAUGCUGGUACAAAUUGAACUUGAAGACAACCCCUGGGACUGUACCUGUGAUUCUGUUGGCCUGCAAAAAUGGAUACAAAAACAGAGUAAGAAUACAAUGAUGGGUGACAUUUUUUGUAAAUCUCCAGGACACCUAGCAAAAAAAGAACUGAAAUCCCUGAGCAGUGAAGUCUUGUGUCCAGGUUUUAUAAACAGCCCUGCCCUACCAACUCAUGCCAGUUUUGUAGUUGUGACUUCUACUACCACCAACACUGCAGACACUGCCCUGCGGUCCCUUACAGAUGCUGUCCCACUUUCUGUUCUAAUAUUAGGACUUCUAAUUGUGUUUAUAACUAUUGUAUUUUGUGCAGCAGGAAUAGUUGUUCUUGUUCUGCAUCGGCGACGAAGAUGCAAAAAGAAACAAGCGGGUGAACAAAUGAGGGAUAGUAGCCCCGUUCACCUUCAGUACAGUAUGUAUGGGCAUAAGACGACACACCACACAAUGGAACGCCCAGCUGCAGCUCUCUAUGAGCAACGUAUGGUUACUCCCAUGGUUCAGGUCUACCGCAGCCCAUCCUUCAGCCCCAAGCAUACUGAGCAACAGGAGGAGGGAAGUGAGAAGGAAGCUAAUGAUUCCAAACAUCUCCGCCGAAGUCUCCUGGAAAGAGAGAACAGUUCACCUCUUACAGGUUCAAAUGUCAAAUAUAAGGCUACAGAUCAAUCUGCUGAAUUUCUAUCAUUUCAGGAUGCCAGCUGCUUGUAUAGAAACAUUAUUGAAAAAGAGAGAGAACUGCAGCAACUGGGGAUCACGGAGUACCUAAGAAAAAAUAUCGUCCAGCUUCAGCCUGACAUGGAAGUUCAUUAUCCUGGAGCACAUGAGGAGCUGAAGCUAAUGGAAACACUCAUGUACUCCAGGCCAAGAAAGGUUUUUCUAGAACAAACUAAAAAUGAGUAUUUUGAACUCAAAGCUAAUUUACAUGCUGAGCCUGACUACCUGGAAGUCCUGGAGCAGCAGACAUGAAGUGAUAAUACGUUGGGCUGGGGCUGAAUUUCUGUAAUUCUAUUUUAAGUUGGAACCGUUGCCAAUAAAGUGCCUUAUAAUAACAUGUCAAUAGUCAGAACUUAAGCACAGCAGUAAUCCUAGCAACAAACCCCUCAGGGAUCACUGUGGGAAGCCAUGGAGUUGUGUGCGGGCAAUAUGUCUCACCCCAAGUUAAAUAUGAACCUUCUGUGAUUGAACUGUGGGAGGAAGAUUGCUUAUUGCAAUAUUCCUCAACAUUUUAAAAAGGUGUGUACAGCAAUCUCCGUUCUGUACCCAACCUAUGGAAAAAAUAUUUACCUUUACUAUUUCUUUUUUUCCUCAGUUUAAUUAGAUUACAUUAAAAAAAACACCACCUGUGUUUGUAGUUGUAAGGUUAGAGUGUCUUGAUUAGGUUAGUACAUGCACUGCAUACAUGACAAUUGUCUACAACUAAACUUACCAUACCCUUAUAAUAAAUAUGAAAGGAGUUGAAGUGUUGUCAUACUAAAUGUCAGUUAGAAAAAAAAAAAAAAAGGAAAAACACAAAAAGAAAAUAUCUUUGUGUAUGCACCUAGAGCCUGCAAAUAUUUAAGUAUUUUAUACCAAACUUCAUCAUGUGCAUUCUGUAUCAGUAUGUGGAAGGAAAAAUAUGUUACUAUGUUUACCCAACAUCUUCAAUGAAGAAAAAAGCAAGCCUUUUGCUAUUUUCCCUGUCUGAUAGCUUUACCUAAGUUUGGACAAUCUUUUCUUGAGCUGCUGCUAUAAAAUAUUGUGCAUCACUGGUGUUUCAACUCAUAAUCCUGGGCAAUUUGAAAAGCUACUGAGAAUCAGCUGUAAAUAUGUUAAUGUGUUUAAUAAUUUUGAUUUUAUAUAUAUAUAUACAUAUCUAUAUAUAUAAAUAACUUCCGUGCUGGCUUUAAAUAUUCUUGGAGUUCGCUGUGGUUAGGAACUUCCAAGUGCAAAUAUAGGUUUUUUCCCACCCUUCCCAAAAGCAACUUCCAGACAGAAUUACUGCAACAAUACACACACAUGAGGAAGAAAAAUAGUAUUUAGCUGUUUGUACAAAAAUAUGUUAUAUUUUCUGAAAUUAGAAAAAAAAUAAAGUGUUGUGGGAAGAAUAGGUUAAAAAAAAGGUAGAACACUGCAGAUUUAUUUUUGCAAUGAAUUCUAGCUAGGUUUAUAUUUACUAUUUAUUCUGUAUAAUUUUGUAUUAUUUUUCAACUCACAAGAAAAGAAAAAGCUUAUUCCUGGCUGCCUUUCAAGCAAAUCAAGGAACUGUUCUCUAUCAAUGAAAAAGAAAUAAAGAGUUUUUAAAAUGUCUUUUUCUUAAAGGUCACUUUUUAAAGAAGGCAGCAACUUCUGCAUACACAAGUUUAGAACCAUUUGGGAAUUAGACACAAAGCUUCUCACUCUUAUCAUGUGGACAGAAGCAUCUUGUCCAGAGUGCAGUAAGGCCAUUCAAUUUCUGUGCAUGACUGACAUGGUGCCAAAACACAAAUUCUGACCUGCAUUUAUCUUCCUCUAGGCAAAUCUUUUGUAAACUGACUAUGCAUGAACAUUUUUUUCCUAAUUUCUAUUUGUAGAGCAAAAGAUUAGCUUAAUUACUACAUGUCUAUAUAUGUAUGCUAAACUUAGCAUUGAAGUCUUGAUAAACUCAAAGUAAAAAGAUAUAUUCUUUAUUUCAGCUUACUGUUGAUGUCUUACCUAUUUGUAUAUACAAAUGUGAGUUCUUCAUAUUCUCUGUACAUAAGUUUCUGACAGAAAAUUUUCCUAUACAUACAAAAGUCAGAUUCUCAGUUCUUUCAAAUUUGCAUAGAGGUAAUGACUUUGAUGGUGCUAUACUAAUUUAUGUAAUUUGAGGAUCUGACCACAUGUUGUCUCUGUGAAACAUAUCAACUUCCUUAUUAAUAUUUUUCAGGAUUUGUUAUGGAAACCUUGUUGGCUCCCAAAACUCAAACUGUCAGUUAUCAGAGAAUAAGUAUUAUUUCCUCUUUCUAUGACUGAGAAUAAUUAGUUCAGAAAACUUGUGUAUUUAGGAGGAUUAGGAAGAGUAAAUCUAGUGACAACAUAUUUGUUUCAUUGUUGCCUUUAUUGUGGACAGCUAAAGAUAAUGAUAAGUAUUAGUUGUGCAGGUAAGAGUGAAACAAAAAAGAAAAUGCAGCUUCAUUAAUUUAGGUAUCUAUUAUUAUUUUAGCUGUCCUUGCAUAGUCAAGACGUGAAUGGGCUUCAUGUCCAUGCCAUAGAACCUGAUCUGGAGGAGCGACUAAAGCCUAGGUGGGAUGGCUUAGAGCAUCAAAAUGACACUAGAUGUCUACAUUUAAACAAUUUAGUUUCACACAGAAAAAAUCUAAGUAACUUUAUUAUUUGAAAUAAUUAAGAUCCAGUGUUUUUUGAAUUCUCAGAGAUCACAAAUUAGUGUAGAGAAAAAAAAAAAACAGAACAAAGAUGUACAUGGUACUUGAUAACAAAUUUUAGUAUUUCAGUGUGUUUCAUUUCAGUAGUUAUAUCCAUUAGUAAAUAAUGGGUGUAAAAAUAAUACCCUGCAAUUGGCAAGAUGCAGGGAAAUUAUGAUUCAGGCCCUCAGGCUUAGAUUUAAGAGAAAUAGCUUCAGACUAAAGACAAUUGCCACAUGCACAGAUGUCACUUUGCUUAGCUGCUAACAGUUACUUGGCAGAACGUUGAGGACAACUGUGUGGCAAAACAUUCUUCUUGGUUGCAGUCUCAAAGCAUCAGAAAGAAGAGUCAGCUAAAUUCAUGUCAAAGCAACUCAUUUAUACAGCUGUAUCAGAGCAUCACUCAGCAGAAUUAGAGAGCACUUUAGCUUUUAGCUUUCCCUCAGCAGGGAGAUUCACAUCAUUCAUUAUGUAAGGGCAACUGUACUCUGUGGCAGUCUGUAACACCACAAGUAGUUUUGCAGUAUCCAGGAAUCACUAGAAUGUGGCAUGUCAUCCACUUUCCUAUCAUCUGUCCCUACUGGACUGCCAUAUAGUGAAAGUUUGUAUGAUGAGGAGAGAGGGGUCUGUCUAUAACCUUACCUCUUACUAACAUUCUCAGACAGUGGUUUUCCAGCUGUGAGGAAACUUUAUAUUGCCAUAACAGAAAUGGAUAAGAAUUUGGCCUUAUAUGAUUAUUCUUAAUGAUAUGAAGCUGAAGAAUAUCAGUAUCUGCAGAUAAAAAUAAAAUCAUGACAUGAGAAAGGUAUCAUGUACAAAGAAAGAAGGAUGCAAUAUCUGUUUCAAAAAGUUCCUUGGAACAUUUUAAUUAUAAAAAUUAUAAAUUUGCCCUUAAUGCUAUUGAUGUUUGCGGAAAGUUAGGAGAGGUAUUCAGAAAUUUUUUUGUUAAAACCAUAUUCUCAUUCUUUUUUUUUUUUUUUUUUUUUUUUCCUAGUGACAGGCACAGUUAAGUGGUUUCAUACAUUUGACUUAGCUAGAAUAAUGGAGGCUGGAAGGCAAAGUAUGUUUGACAGUCUGCAACAAAGUGGAUCCAUUUUUCUCCUGUCAGCAUGAUAGUUUAACUAAGUGUGAGAACGGUGCUUCGUCAAGCACGCUGGUGUACAUAGCAGCUAUGUUGUUGUUGUUAGGGUACCUCAAGGUAACCAACAGUACAAUUUUUCCCCUCACAUUUGAGUGAAGAAAAUAUAUUAAAUAACACUAUAGACCUGUUCCCUAAAUAAAAGAUAUUAAAGCAAUUUAUUUAA